AUGGCGCUGGGGGCUGAACGGAGAGUGAGCUGGCCAGGGUCACAUGGAGGUUGCAGAGAACAGGAAGGGCAGAGACAAAGAGACAAAGGCAAGCCAACCUGGGGACUUCCACUUCCACGGGUCAAGAAGAGACUCCUGUGGCGGUUCUUCCUGGCUACACUUGGUUUCUUAGGCCUAUAUUAUUACAGAGUCAGUAUUCUCAGGCACAUAGAAGUCUUCAUCCCCAUGGGUACCUGCCCCACAGCCAUGAUGCCUCUGCCAAGGGACAAUUUCACAGGAGUGUUGCGUCACUGGGCCCGGCCUGACGUCCUGACCUGUACCUCUUGGGGAGCCCCAAUUAUUUGGGAUGACACCUUCGAUCCACAUGUAGCUGAGCAAGAGGCGAGACGGCAGAACCUCACCAUUGGACUGACUGUCUUUGCAGUAGGCAGGUACCUGGAGAAAUACCUGGAACACUUCCUGGUAUCAGCAGAGCAGCACUUCAUGGUCGGCCAGAACGUGGUGUACUAUGUGUUUACCGAUCGCCCUGAAGCAGUACCCUAUGUGGCUCUAGGCCAGGGUCGCCUGCUGCGGGUGAAAGCCGUGCAGCGAGAAAGGCGCUGGCAGGACGUGUCCAUGGCUCGCAUGCCCACGCUACAUGAGGCUCUGGGAGGGCAGCUGGGCCAAGAAACUGACUAUGUGUUCUGCCUGGACGUGGACCAGUACUUCACCGGUAACUUCGGUCCCGAGGUGCUGGCAGAUUUGGUGGCACAGCUGCAUGCCUGGCACUACCGCUGGCCACGGUGGCUGCUGCCCUACGAGAGGCACAAGCGAUCGGCUGCCGCGCUGUCCUUCAGCGAAGGCGAUUUCUACUAUCAUGCUGCGGUGUUUGGCGGCAGUGUGGCUGAGCUGCUCAAGCUGACAGCCCACUGUGUGACUGGCCAACAGCUGGACCGUGAGCACGGCAUUGAGGCGCUCUGGCAUGACGAAAGCCAUCUCAACAAGUUCUUUUGGCUGAGCAAGCCCAGCAAGCUGCUGUCGCCUGAGUUCUGCUGGGCAAAGGAAAUUGACUGGAGAUCAGAGAUCCACCAUCCUCGCCUGCUCUGGGCACCCAAGGAGUAUACGCUGGUACGGAACUAG